CGAAAGUGCUCUACCACUCACAUCCUCGUUCGGUUUUUCCACGGUUUUUCGUUUGUAACCUUUCACUUCCUUCCUGUAAGAUUCCGACACUCUUUCGUGUCACGCCACAUGUUGUAACCGUAUUUCAUUAGAAAGCAGAUUGAUUCUACUUCAUUUGAUUUUCAUACCAGUGUCGGCAGUGUGAUAAAAGAAGUUGAGAUUGCAUCAGCAGAGAUAAUGGGAUCCAUUAACCAAGAAUCAAUCAUGACACCAGCAGAGAAGAAAAAUUUGAUUACUCGUAAUCUACAAGAGGUACUCGGUGAAGACAAAAUUACAGAAAUCCUUGUUAAACGAGACCUGAAGCUGUACUGGGGAACUGCCACGACUGGAAAACCUCAUGUGGCUUACUUCUUGCCCAUGAGUAAGAUAGGUGAUUUUCUUAAAGCUGGAUGUGAGGUCACUAUUUUAUUUGCUGAUCUUCAUGCCUACCUUGAUAACAUGAAAGCACCUUGGGAAUUGCUUGCUCUCCGUACUCAAUACUAUGAACAUGCUAUUAAAGCAAUGCUAACUUCCUUGAAGGUUCCACUUGAUAAACUCAAAUUUGUUAAAGGAUCUGAAUAUCAACUCACUAAGGAAUACACCUUGGAUAUGUACAGAUUAUCCUCUCUAGUAACUGAGCAUGAUGCUAAAAAAGCUGGAGCUGAAGUUGUAAAGCAAGUAGGGAAUCCUUUGCUCUCUGGUUUAAUGUACCCUGGUCUGCAAGCUUUGGAUGAAGAAUAUCUAAAAGUAGAUGCACAAUUUGGUGGUGUAGAUCAAAGAAAAAUUUUCACUUAUGCCGACAAAUACUUGCCUCAGUUAGGAUAUGCGAAACGUGCACACCUCAUGAAUCCAAUGAUCCCUGGUCUAACUGGAGCUAAGAUGUCAUCAUCGGAGGAAGACAGCAAGAUCGAUUUACUUGACUCGGCCGCCAGCGUUAAAAAGAAGAUGAAGAAAGCCUUUUGCGAACCAGGCAAAGUUGAAAACAACGGUGUUUUGGCCUUUGCAAAAUAUGUUUUGUUUCCACUACUGAACGCUGGCGAAGGAUUUCUAAUUCGACGAGGUGCUGACAAUGGCGGUGAUGUUGAGUACAUGUCCUACGAGCAAAUGGAAUCAGAUUUUUCCCAAUCGCUGCUUCAUCCGGGUGAUUUAAAAGCGGCAGUUGAAUUGCGGCUUAACGAUUUGCUAGAGCCGAUUCGAAAGAUCUUUGAAGCUCCUGAAUUGGUCAAAUUGGUUAAAGACGCUUAUCCUCCUCCGGCUAAGGUGUCCAAGUCCGCUCCUGUCGAUGAUGUAGUUGCCCCUCAUCGUCUCGAUAUCCGAGUGGGCAAGAUCGUUGAAGUUAAUAGACAUCCGGAAGCUGAAAGUCUGUACGUUGAAAAAAUCGAUCUAGGGGAGCCUUUAGGGCCCCGUACAAUUGUAAGCGGCCUUGUUAAUUUCGUUCCUCAAUCUGAAAUGCUCAACCGUAUGGUUAUUGUUCUGUGCAAUUUGAAACCUGCCAAGAUGAGGGGUAUUGAAUCUGCAGGAAUGGUCCUUUGUGCUUCCAGUGAUGAACCCCGUCAAUGUGAACCACUUGAUGCACCUGCCGGUAGCCAGCCGGGAGACCGAGUACGAGUGGAAGGCUACGAGACAGGUGAACCUGAUGCUGUUCUUAACCCAAAGAAGAAAGUGUGGGAGACGCUUCAGGGCGAUUUGCGUGUCAGUGCUAAUGGAACUGCUGAAUGGCAAGGCAAUGCUUUGCAAACUGAACAUGGUUCAAUCAUGGCUAAAACUAUUAAAAAUGUUCCCAUCAAAUGAAUAACAUUGAAAUAAAAAUAUUGUUAUUCAGCCGAGUGUUAUGGUUUGGGACAUGUUAUUUUUCUCGGUGUGCAAGUUAAUAAAUUGAACUUUGCCAAAGAAA